CUUAAAUGACGCCUUUCAUCGAACACGGAAGCAAUAAACGUGCGUACCAACGUGCUUCAUUUGACAGGUGACCCUGUGGAAAAACAACAGGGUGAAGUAUGAAAUUUUCGUCCUGACACAGUGAUGCUCUCUGCCAUUCUUAGAAGAAGCUCUCUUGCAGCCCAGCAGGUAAGGCACUGGGCGAGGCCUCCACAAAGAUGCUGGACAUCAGCUCCCAUCUGUGGAUCAAGCCCCCCACAGACAUGCUGGGCCUCAACAAUAAAGCUGUCAUUUUUAGACUGGGAUAAUGGAAGAGUUAAAUGUCCUGCUGUUCAGGGUUCCAGGAGGACUGAGCUCCUCCACAUGACCCAGAAUUAUGCUAUGAGGAACCGACAUUUUCACUCUUCUGCUGUGAGGCUGAAGAAACGACCCCUGCCUGAACCUCCACCCAGGGAGCUGGACCUGCUGCGCUAUGACAUGAAGGACUUGUGGAAGAGUCCCAAACCUGCUCUGUACCUGGGGUUUGCAGGGCUGAUCCCAUUUGUCACUCCCACUCUGUUUAUGGCUGUGACUGAGAGCUAUUGUCCAGAGCUGGCCUAUGCUCAGCUGGCCUACGGAGCAUCCAUCGUUUCCUUCCUGGGUGGAGCUCGCUGGGGAUUCGCACUUCCUGAGAGCAGUCUGGCUAAACCUGACUGGAUAAACCUGGCUAACAGCGUGGUCCCUUCUCUGUUAGCAUGGGUGACCAUGCUGAUGAGUGACAGCAUCAUUUCUGCAGGAACUAUGGUUAUCAUGGCACUUGGAGUCACUCUGCACUAUGAUCUGUCUCUGUUGCCCACUUAUCCCAGCUGGUUCAAAGCCCUGCGUGCUGUCCUGAGCACCGUGGCAUUUUUCUCUCUUGUUUGCACUCUCCUUAUAAAUGCAGUGUAUCCAGAAAAGAAGAUAUUCUCUGAUUAAAUUGUAUGCUAAAAUCA